UGUUCCCGCGUGGGUGGUUCACAGGCGCGCGGGUUCCUCCGUUCCUUCGCCUGCACUUGACUCGACUGGAGGGCGCGUGCGCCUCGCCCAGACUCCGUCAGACACGCCGCUGCUCUUUGCGCUUGUCGAUUCGAACGCUGCCCCCUGGCCGCCGGGCACGCGGGCUGUGCCAUGUUAGUUGCCUGGCUGCAUUGUGUUGUCAACUGAGCGGUGCGAUGCCGCUGCAUUGCUACGGAUCUGCGUGUCUCAGUCGGAAGUUGAGAGCCGGCAUUAGCGCUCCUAAGUUAUUCUGGAAGCAUAGGCAGCCUCUCCUGCAGCAUUUCGUCUGACAGCAGAAUAUGAUCUCCAUGGAAAAUCAUCCAGCGCCAUAAAGCAGGAGUCUGCGUAUCGGAGGGGCUUCGCAACAGCCCACUUUUUUUUUCCUAUCGAUGACUUGAAAUUCGCGAUGUGGUGGCUUACAUAACUGAGUGAAUGGGGGGUGGAUGUCAUGAGGUUAAUCAUUACCAUUACGGUGGAUUUCUGGAGUUCUUUCGGCAAGAGGAGUCGGUGCUCUCCAUCAAUAAUUAAUGCAUUUUUAAAGCAGCGGGAAAGGCAGGGAGAGCGCGCAGUGAGAGAGGUCCUCUUUUCGAAGAGUAAUCGUCUGCACAUCAUGUCUCACUGUGACAGAUCCCCGAAAAGAGCCGACGAGGAGGACAAAGGAGGAUGAAGCAAGGAAGGGGGACCGGAGAGGUAGAGGGGGAAUAUAAUGAAGUUGAGUGGGAAAGCAGUGUGCGCCGUCGCAUCCAGCUGCCUGCUCUUCGCCUGCGCCCUCGGCGCCGUCGCCGUCGGAAUCAAGUGCUUCUUGCUGGGCACCGAAGUGAAGGGGCAUUUUCACCUGGGCACCGCGGCAGGAGCUUUCUAUUCGGGGCUACUCGUCUGCCUCGGGCAGGUGCUGCUCGGCGUGGCUUUGAUCUGCUGCAAAGGGAAGCCCCGGGGUCAGAAUUUCUUCCUGCUGGGAGUCUUGGUGUUUAUGCUGGGAGUGCUGACUGCCUUCUCGGGAGCUGUGAUCGACGGAGACACCGUGUCCCUGGUGGAGAGGAAGUAUUCCCAUUACUGUCUCAAUUCCCUGGAUUUAAAGCCCAUCUGUGAGAAAUUAAAGGCUUACCAAAGGAGUCUGGUCAUAUCGACUAUCCUUAACACCUUGGAGUGCCUCUUAGGGCUUCUAAACCUGCUGAUCGUCAAGCGCUAUAAAUCUGCUCAGAUCUACAGGAGACACUCGCAGAGACAAAGUGUGGGAGCCAUUCUCUUCAAUGAGGAGCAGGACUUCACCGUCGGGGACUUUCACUUCCAGCCCGUUUCUUACAUCAACCUGGGAGUUUUUCACGUCUUUGACGAAGCUGGGGUGGAAGUACAGUGCGGCGGACACCCGUCAGUGGAGCUGCCCGGCUACUCGCCCAGCGAUCCCGAGUUGAACCACUCGUACCCGUUCUCGUACCCGUUGCCCAACGAGCUGCCACCCGCUUACGAGGAGAUCUUCCCGGCGGAAAGCAGCAACAAAUAGCAAGCGGAGGGGAAACACAGCAACGGCAGAUUGAAAAAAAUAAGAAUACAACAACGAGAAGGCGAACCAGCUGUCCAGUAUGCAGUGACAAUCAUUCAAAAAAAAAAAACAGAAAAGAACGGAACUCUUGGGCUGCUCCAAGCGGUAAUGUUUUCCCAUAGCAAACCGGUUUUUGAUGCCUUUUCGUCUCUCAAAGUCAUGUUAUGUCAGGAAAUUUACAAAAGAAUAAAAACUACGAGAAAUAAACGAAAUGUUAGACUUA